CAGAAACAUAACAUGAACAAGUCAAUCAUAUGGACAUGUCUCAUUAUUCACUGAGCUCCAGCAUUUUGCAAGCAUCAAGCACUUUGUCCGGGGAUCUGUGCUGAACCCAUGCAAGAACCGGUUCCAUUCCUGUGUUUUCCUCCAUCAAACAUUCAACUGACCCAGCAGUGCAAGAUCUACAGGAAUGAAUCUCCGCGCCCUCUCAGCACUCAGCGGUUGACAAUACAGACAGAUCUGAAUGUUUGAUUCUACAGACCGGGGGAAGAAAAGGAAGAUCGACGUCCUCUCGUUCGAAAAGCUCUGCCCGGUCAAAGAGGUCCGGCGUCUUCUUCAGACUGUCUGCCCUUAAAACAAGCAUGCAGUUUGGUUGUUGAGGAAUGGAGGAAGCUAGUUUGUGCCUUGGAGUUUCUUCGGCUGUGCCUGACGUUGACACUCACCUCAAUAACUCUUUGCUUAAUGGCCAGUAUUCAAUGAGUCAAAAGCUGCACCAGAUCACAUCCCAGCUCAGUCACGCCUUCCCGGAGCUGCAAAACCGUCAUAAAAGUGAGGACAAGUCUGCAACACCCAUUGAAGAAAACAGUCAUGUGUCAAUGACAAGUCAACCAAUCAGCAGUCAGAUGGCUCUGCUAGCCAACCAACUGAAUCGAGAGGUUGAAAGUGGACUCAAUGGAAGAGUAGACCUUCAACAGUUUCUAAAUGGACAAAACCUUGGGAUCAUGUCCCAGAUGAACGAUAUUGAGGAUGACGCGAGGAAGAAUAGAAAGUACCCUUGUCCACUUUGUGGCAAACGUUUCCGUUUUAAUAGCAUAUUAUCCCUCCACAUGCGUACUCACACCGGUGAAAAACCCUUUAAGUGUCCGUACUGUGACCAUAGAGCUGCCCAAAAAGGUAACCUGAAGAUUCAUCUUCGUACUCACAAACUUGGUAAUCUCGGCAAGGGUCGAGGAAGGGUGAGAGAAGAAAACCGACUUUUGCAUGAAUUGGAGGAAAGAGCAAUACUAAGAGACAAACAGAUGAAAAGCAGCCUUCUUCAACCCCGACUUGAUGUGAAACCACAACAGCAGCACUUACAGCAAUCUCCGUUAUCUAAUUGUCAUAUCUCGGUGCAACCUAAUCACAGUACAUCAGAUGUUUCCAGUAAAGCACCUUCUCCCAAACCUUCAGUCGUUCAAGAUGAAGCAAUAGCUCCUACCACUGGAUUCAGGUGCACCUUUUGCAAAGGAAAGUUUAAGAAACGAGAGGAGCUUGAUAGACAUAUCAGAAUACUGCACAAGCCUUAUAAGUGUACUCUAUGCGAUUUUGCUGCUUCUCAAGAGGAAGAUUUGAUUAGUCAUGUCGAGAAAGCUCACAUUACUGCAGAGUCUGUUCAAGGCCAAGGGUCCAGUGGAAAUGGAGAACAGUCGACCAAUGAGUUCCGCUGUGAGGUGUGUGGACAAGUCUUUAGUCAAGCUUGGUUCUUAAAAGGCCACAUGAGGAAACACAAGGAUUCUUUUGAGCACUGUUGUCAGAUAUGUGGAAGGCGAUUCAAGGAGCCUUGGUUCCUGAAGAACCACAUGAAGGUUCACCUGAACAAAUUGUCUGUGAAGAACAAAUCCCCCAGCGAAGCCGAGGUGCCAAUCUCCAUGAGUAGUGUUUCUCAAGAAUCCCAUGCAAAUCUGUACUCCAGAUACAUAUCAUGUUUGCAGAGUGGCUUCAUGCCAUCUGAAAAAGCAAGCUUGAGUGAACAUGGUCACGUGUACAACAAAGGAGACUUGAAAGACAAGGAAGUUCUGGGUAAGCUGCUGUCGCCGAUUGCUAGCUUGGCUCAUAACAUAUCCGAAAGAGAUAAGCAUUCUUUACUUGGCUCUCUCAACCUGGUGCCUCCCUUGAAAUCCAGCUGCAUAGAACGAUUGCAAGCAGCAGCCAAGGCUGCGGAGAUGGAUCCAGUAAACAGCUACCAGGCCUGGCAACUAAUGGCUAGAGGAAUGGCUAUGGAGCAUGGCUUCCUGUCUAAAGAGCAGCAGAUCCAGCAUAACCAUGAAGAUUCAAUAGCAAAUACUGGAGUUCUAUUUGAUAAAGAAAAGAGAGAGUAUGUUAUUCUAGGACCAGAUGGCUCCAAACAGAAAAUGCAAUCUGAUUUAGUUCACAGCUCGAAAAUUUGCAAUCAGAGAGACGUGCCAUCCAAACUUGAACUGUUAGAAAGCACUAGAGAUUUUUUGUCACAUGGCCUCAACCAGGGGCUCGAGUACAACAUGCAUGGGUCCACGAAAGAUAAGCCAACCGAAUGCCCUGACUGCGGAAGAGUCUUCAGAACCUAUCACCAAGUCGUCGUGCACUCACGAGUCCACAAAAGAGAGAAAAAGACGGAAGAAGAGAGCAUCCAUAUGAAUCUAGAGGAUCGUCGAGGGUCAGGAAGCGAUCAAGAAUCUCAAUCCAUGAGCCGAUCUACCACCCCUGGAUCGUCGAACAUCACUGAAGAGAGCGGAACGGGUGGUGCACCUUCCCAAGCGGGAAGUGCACAGGAAGAUAGCCCGCACCCGUCAUCACCUUCUUCUUCAGAUAUGGGGGACGACACUGGAAGAUGUACAGGAGCACAACAACAAGCUAUGAUGAGGGACAGAAACCUUGGCUCAGCUAUGAAGGACUGUCCUUACUGUGGGAAAACCUUUAGGACUUCACAUCACCUUAAGGUGCAUUUGAGGAUACACACAGGUGAGAAGCCUUAUAAAUGUCCCCACUGUGACUAUGCUGGCACCCAGUCAGCAUCCUUGAAGUACCACCUGGAGCGCCACCACAGGGAAAGGCAGAAUGGCUCUGGUCCACUGCCAGUCCAUGGGCAUCCACCAAACCAGGACCACAAGGAUGAAACAUCAAGUAAGAGCUCCCUCUUUAUGAGACCAGACAUAUUACGAGGAGCAUUUAAAGGCCUUCCCGGAAUAGACUUCAGAAGUGGAAUGAUGUCCCAACAGUGGCAGACUGGGUUUAUGUCUUCCGGAGACCGCCAGGGCCAGUCAAGCGGCCUUAGUUCUGAGUGUUCAUCAGAAGCCUUGAAAAAAUCUGAGAUGUCUUCAAAAGCAUCUAGCAUUGCAGAGUUUGCAAGAACAUACCCUAACAUUGUAGGCAAUGGUGUGAACUUUCAAGGUUCUUUGCAAGCCUUUAUGGACAGCUUUGUUCUAAAUUCUCUUAAGAAAGAAAAAGAACUGAAGGAGAAGGCUUUACUUGACUCACUUCCUUUAAAAGCCCCCAGAUCAGACAAUGGUGAAGAUAAAUCGGAAAACAAAAUACCUCUGAGAAAAAUGGAGAAAUCUCAGUAUGAACCUUUGGACUUGUCUGUGAGGCCAGAUGCCCAGUCACUUCCAGGUUCAUCGAUCACGGUCCAAGAUAACAUUGCUUGGCAUGGUUGUUUGUUUUGUUCGUUUACAACAUCCUCCAUGGAACUGAUGGCCCUUCAUCUCCAAGCAAACCAUCUCGGAAAAGCAAAACGUAAAGAUUGUACAAUGGGAGGACAAGCCAAUAAAGUUAUGGCCUCGUCUUCUUCAGUCCAAUGUAGCAAGGAAAUGAUGACCUCAAAAAUGAGCCCAUUGCAAACUUCUGAAAAAGCUCUACAAGGCAACACUAGGGAGACAUUACCUGAUCAUAAAGGUAGUUCAUGGCCCAGUCAUAUGGAUGCCAUGUUUAAUAAUUUCCCAACCGAAUUCUAUAAGCAGUUUGGUGUCUACCCAGGUUCAGUAGGGGCCAACGUGCAACACAUGGACACUGACUCUCAGUCUCCACCUGACGAUGACUCCCAUGUAUUGCAGUGUGACUCUGUGAAUACAGUUGCUACUGAUGAUCUCUCUGAUGAAUCCUCCUCUGAGGACAUGGAAACAUGCAAAGAAGAUGAAAAUGAAGAGGAGGAAGUUGAAACAGAACCUGAAAACAUGAAUGAUGAACAUAACAAAGAAGAAAAUGACAUGGAAGAUGCUGACUCAAAUUCAACCCCUCUAAGGUCUUCAGAAAAUAUGGGGUCCCCAACAUCUCAACUGAUGGAGAAGCCAUGGCAUCCAAAUCUUCCAUUACCCCACGAUGCUCCACAAAGCUCUGCAAAACUUGAUCAAGCACCAGUUCCUGAUGCUUUGGAGAAGCAAGUGAAUAUGCUCUCCGUUCUCCGAGCAUACAGCUCUGAGGGCAUGGCUGCUUUUAAUGGACUUGGAAGCAACACAGCAAACAGCGGAUGUAUGAAAAGACCUGACCUCUGCGACAACCAGGACGGCCAUGGGGACCCUGAUUGCACCUAGUUUUGCUAUUCUGUAUGUUGGACUGAGAGAUGGUUUGUCUCUUUGAUGUACCUCCGUCUCAUAGGGUUCUGUGGCAGAGGUACAUCGAUGAUAUUCUUCUGCUGUGGCAAAGCAAAAAAAAAGAAUAAUACAACCGGGGGGUGUAAGGCUCCUUGUCCUAUAAUCUCUGAUUAUUACCAUUCUCAACCCCUACAUUUUAGACAGAGAAGAAUCACUUGUGACGACUUUUAAUAUUCGUUAAUGUUAACUCUCUCAUCGGAGCCCGUUACUCUGAACCUUCACAUAAACGUAAUCAGCUGCUAUUCUUCAAUAAAUACGGUAACGAACAUUCGAGACGUCUUGAAGCAGGCAGACUUUCUUAAAUUAUUAGCCUUUUUUCCACCUCUCGAUACACUGCUGAAGGAUAUCACUGAUAUACAGUGUUUACACUUGUACAUCUUUCUUUCUUAGAAAAUGGCAAAUAUGAUAAUUUAGGGACAUUGUAUAGAUGCUAAAUUAGGGUAUUAUUAGUACAUGGAGAUGGAUAUUUUUGGUUAUAUUUCUCUGUUUUAAAGAAUCAAAUUCUCCAGAUUUUAUUGCCUGUCUUGUAGUUUAAAAAGAAUAAAAUAAAAAUUAUUAAAAUAUUUCAAAUUAGCUAAAAAUUGCACAUUCAGAUAAUCCAGUACGACCUACUAACAAUGUAACUAGUUGUGAAAAAAAAUAUCAAUUUAUUACACUAAUGCAUAAAAAAAUAAAAUUUGAUGGUCCAUUUAGAGAAUAUACAAUACAUGGUUCCUGUAGUGGUAAUAAUAAAUUUGCUGUUGUUUACCUUGGUUGCUGUACUUGUAAUCUAUAUUACAUCAGAAUAACCAAAAGGAAACUGGAACCAGAGUAUCAUAUUAUUUAAGUAUUAGCUAACGGAAAAGACGAUGUGUGCAUCAACCAGAAGCCUUGAGUAUAACGAUUGUGGGCUGUGCCCUCAUAGGCCACGCCCAUAGAUACUAGCGUAAAGACUGAUGGUGGAAACAUCUCCAUUUGGACAGUAGUGGAGUCUUAUACCCUGGCUAAGUUUCCUGGAGGUCUGAGAGGUGAUUUUGAUAUGACACCUUUUUUUAGAUCAAUGUGUUGCUGUUUGUAUAUUAUGAUGUAUUUGUAUUUUUAUUGUAUAUUAUUAUGUAUUAUAAAGUUUAACGGUGGCGAUACAUAGAGCUAUCCUAGAAGGGUAUGUAUAGUCAGAAGGGACGUGAACAAUCCUGGUCGUCUGAGGAGGGGCAAUAGCAUGAAACACAUUAAGACUGAGAUGGGGUUCCUAUCAAUGAUGUCAUCCUAUAUGAUACGCUGCACAGACAAGCAGUAAUGAGCUGGAAGAUCGGGUGGAGCAUAAGUCCUUGAGGUCAACGAUUUCCAGCUAAUGCCAUCAUAGCAAUGUGACCUGAAGCUUCCGUGUCCCCCCCCAUCAAGGAUAUUGGCACACUGGGACUUUCUGACUCGUGCAUGCUGACUUCUAACGGUCUUUUGCUUCCUCCAUCCAAAUGGAGGAGCACAUUUGUACAUUUUCAUGUGUAAGCUACUACCUGUUUGU